AUGCUUAAGGAGUACAUACGAACUAAAUUGAAAACCCGUGGUCUUAUCUUAAGCAUGCUUACCGAAAACGUGGCGGUAUUAAUAAAGGGGGAAUUGGUUUUUUUAAAUGAAUGGAAAUGGAGAAAAAAAAAUAUCUAA